AUGCCUAAGUUUUAUUGUGACUACUGCAAUACAUACCUCACCCAUGACUCUCCAUGUGUGAGAAAGACACAGUGCAGUGGUAGGAAACACAAAGAGAAUGUAAAAGACUACUAUCGGAAAUGGAUGGAAGAGCAGGCUCAGAGCCUGAUUCACAAAACAACGGCUGCAUUUCAACAAGGAAAGAUACUUCCUACUCCAUUCUCUGCUCCUCCUCCAGCAGGGGCAAUGAUCCCACCUCCCCCUAGUCUCCCAGGUCCUCCUUGCCCUGGUAUGAUGCCGGCACCGCACAUGGGGGGACCACCCAUGAUGCCAAUGAUGGGCCCUCCUCCUCCUAGCAUGAUGCCAGUGGGACCCGCUCCUGGAAUGAGGCCACCCAUGGGGGGCCACAUGCCAAUGAUGCCUGAGCCCCCAAUGAUGUGGCCCCCCGCCCGUCCUAUGAUGGUGCCCACUUGGCCAGGAAUGACUCGAGCAGACAGAUAA